AUGAGGCCUGUGCUCUCUUUGUGUCUGAACCUGGCCCUGGCCUGGGCCUCUGCGGCUCCUCAGACAGCCUGCCGACUUCGGGAGCGCUUCAGUCUGAAUGGGAUGUACCGCAAGGGGGACGUGAUUCUUGGGGGGCUGUUUGAGGUGCACUUCCUGACAGUGUUCCCUGAGCUGUCUUUCACAGCUGAGCCAAACCAGCCGAGAUGUGAGAGUUUCCACCUCUCUUAUUUCAGGCUUAAUUUUCGAGGGUUCCAGGCAGCGCAAACAAUGGUCUUUGCAAUUGAGGAAAUCAACAACAAUCCCAACCUGCUGCCCAAUAUCACCCUGGGAUUCCAUCUCUAUGACAACUGUUUGAAACUUGCCGUCGCAUUCCGUGCAGCCACAGCACUGCUCAGUGGUACAGAGGAGUCCUUCUCUGACCUGAGAUGCACAGGGUCACCCCCGGUUCUGGGCAUCGUGGGUGAUCCAGGCUCCACCCACUCCAUCGCCAUCUCCAGUGUGCUGGGCCUGUUCCGUGUUCCCAUGGUGAGUUACUUUGCCACAUGUUCCUGCCUGAGUGACAGGCAGCAGUAUCCCUCCUUCUUCAGAACCAUCCCCAGUGAUGCCUUCCAGGUCAGAGCCAUGGUGCAGAUCCUGGAGCGCUACGGCUGGAAGUGGGUGGGCCUCCUGUUCAGCGAUGAUGAUUAUGGGGUGCACGCAGCCCAAUCCUUUCACCAGGAGGUCAGCCGCUUUGGCUGUGUGGCCUUCUCCGAGAUGCUUCCCCAUGACAAUGACCGAGCCAAGGUCCAGCAGAUUGUAGGCAUCAUCCGCCGCUCCACAGCAAGGGUGGUGGUGGCAUUCUCUCCGCAGGCAUACCUAUUGCCCCUCACCGAGGAGAUAGCCCUACAGAACCUGACUGAGCGGCAGUGGAUCGCUAGCGAGGCCUGGGCCACCGCAGCCGUCUUCCAUACGCGCCAGCUGCUGCCCUUUUUGGGCGGGACCCUGGGCAUCGCCAUCCGCAGGGGAGAUAUCCCGGGGCUCCAGGACUUCUUGCUUAGUCUUCGCCCUGACUUUGAUCCUGGCAACAACAUGGUGAGCAUAUUCUGGGAGGAGAUGUUCAGCUGUAAGUUCAAGGCCGACUCCCUGGACAAGGUGUGCACAGGACAGGAGAGUCUGGAGGGCACAGGGUCGGCAUACAUUGACGUGUCAGCGCUCAGGCACUCUUACAAUGUUUACAAAGCGGUUUACGCCCUGGCACAUGCCCUGCAUGAUCUACUGGGGUGCAAGCCUGGGACAGGGCCAUUCCCAGGACAUUCCUGUGCAGAACUACACACUCUGCAACCCUGGCAGCUGGUGCCUUACCUGCAAAGGGUUAAUUUUACCACCAGCUUUGGUGACCAAGUGUCCUUUGACAAAAAUGGUGAUGCCCUGGCCAUCUACGAUGUGAUGAACUGGCAGAGGGCAGCAGAUGGGACCAUCAGAGCAGUAACGGUCGGGGUGUUUGAUGAAUCUGCUCCACCUGGACAAAAGCUCCUGCUGGAGGAAGAAAAUAUCUUCUGGAACUUUGAAUCACAUCAACCCCCACGCUCCAUCUGCAGUGAGCCCUGCCCCCCAGGCACCAGGAAGGCGAUAAGGAAGGGCGAGCCAGUCUGCUGCUUUGACUGCCUACCCUGCGCAGAUGGGGAGAUCAGCAACCAGACAGAUUCCCGCGAGUGCUACAGGUGUCCAGUGGACUUUUGGUCAAACCAACUUCGUGACCACUGUGUGCCCAAGGAAAUCGAGUUUCUCUCCUUCCAGGAACCCCUGGGGAUCUCCCUGAUGACCAUCUCGGUGUUGGGGGCAUGCAUUUGUGCAGUUACCCUGUCCGUAUUUGCCCGGCAUAGGAACACACCGGUGGUGAAGGCCAACAACUCCGAGCUAAGCUUCCUGCUGCUGCUGUCACUCACACUUUGCUUCCUGUGCUCCUUGCUGUUCAUUGGCCAGCCUCAAAGGUGGACCUGCCAGCUUAGGCAUGCCGCAUUUGGGAUCAGUUUCGCCCUCAGCAUCUCCUGCAUCCUGGUCAAGACCAUCGUGGUGGUGAUGGCUUUCAAGGCUGCACGGCCAGGUGGGAAUGCGAUGAAGUGGUUCGGCGUGCAGCAGCAGAGGGGCACUGUGCUGGCCUUCACUGUCAUCCAGGCAGUGAUCUGUGUGGUAUGGCUGACUGCUGCGUCACCGAUUCCCUACAAAAACACCCACUCCCAGAACUCCAAGAUCAUCUAUGAGUGUGCAGUAGGGUCGAUCGCCGGGUUUAGUGCCCUGCUUGGCUACAUCGGUUUGCUGGCAGCUGUCAGCUUCCUGCUGGCCUUCCUAGCAAGGAAUCUGCCUGAUAAUUUUAAUGAGGCUAAGUUUAUCACCUUCAGCAUGCUCAUCUUCUGUGCCGUCUGGAUCGCCUUUGUCCCUGCCUACAUCAGCUCUCCAGGAAAGUACUCAGACGCAGUGGAGAUAUUUGCCAUCCUGGCCUCCAGUUUUGGGCUCCUGGGAGCAAUAUUUGCACCAAAAUGCUUCAUCAUACUGCUUCAUCCAGAGAAAAACACCAAGAAGGCCUUGAUGGGCAGAGAGUCUGCAAAGAAGUAA